ACGUCAUCAUAAAAUACGUGUCGCCCGUACUGUUUGGUUGUUAAUUUGUUAAUAAUAUUUUAUUUCUUAUUUUAGGUCACAAAUAAUUAUUAAAAGACUGCAAAAUGGUCACAAAAUAUAUUACGGCUUUAUUCUUUAUCGCUUUCUGUAGCAUUUCAUAUGCGCAGAGUUGCCAAAAUCCUAAAGUUGAUGCCGCCUCCUUCACAAGUUUAGAUGCCACGGUCGUGACACAAAUAGCUUAUAUCACUGAAUUUACACUGAAAUGUGACAAUCCUCUACCUGAAAACUAUGCUCUCUAUGCUGAAGUGGAGGGCAGGCCGUUGACUGCAGCGCGUAUUGGAGAAAAUAAAUAUCAGGUGUCAUGGACUGAAGAACCAACAAAAGCCCGCGCUGGUCUCCAUGAGAUCCAUGUCCUGGAUGAGGAAGGUUGGGCGUCUCUGCGCCGUGCCCGCCGUGCUGAUCCCGCUGCCACUGUUUCUCCACUAUUGGCUAUCCAGCUUCAACACCCUGGCAGCUACUCGGGACCCUGGGUAAACUCGGAGAUCCUGGCGACCGGUCUGUCGAUACUGGUUGCGUACGUCGCUCUCCGCAACAAAAGCAAAAUCCUAGCAUAAUUUAUAGUUUGUUAUUUUAUAUUAAAUGAAUUUUAAUUUUUGGAAA